AUGCAGGUAGCAGAGAUCCUUUCUGAUAUCACGUCUUUCCGGGUUUGUGGCCACAAAGAAGCUCUUUCCCUGGUGAAUGCCAAUCAUUCCAUCCCAAGGGCAGACGCUACCGAUGAAAGCAAAAGCCCAACCGUAAAUGCCUCCGAUGAAGCGCCCACAUCCCCACUGAAUAAAAAACAGGACGACCUGCGACACGCCAAAGAACUGGUCAAACUGCAUUACGAAUUCAAAUCAAGGCACACUGAUGGCGAGGUUGAUGUUGCAUUGCGAAAAGCGCGCGAAGAUGUAAACCAGGUUUUGAAUGAGCUAGUGUGA